AUGGACCAACCAUGCACGACGUCACAUGCGAGGAUAGAGGAUAGUGGUCCUACGCAGCAGGACCAACCAGUUCCCACGUACGACGAUCACCCCGUCGUCAUCCCCUCAGACGAGCCAAUAGAGGAUGGCCGAGCAGGUGACCAGAUGACCAAGGAAUGCCGACCAACGGAGGAUCACCGACCAGACGAGGACUAUCCUCCAGACGAGGAUCACCGCUCAACCGAGGACGACGCAUCCGCCAGCGACCCGUCUGAGCACGACCUUGUCCUUGAUAGCCCACCCAGUACUGUGGCCCCAGUCCCACCAUCGCAGACUCGAAAACGCCAAGCUGAAGCAUUCUCUAUGGCUUGGAGUCGUGUUCGCAAGAGAAGGGUUGUUAGUGACGUCGGCGCGUGGAGAAAGCAAUAUCAUGGCCUGGGAUCGAUGGACAGCCAAAGUGGACGUGCAGCCUGGAAGACAUGA